UGUCUGAGCUGCGCGCAAAGAGGGACACAAUCCAAGAGGCUUCAAGUUUGCUGCGAAUUUCAAUCUCUGUUGUAAAUCAACACAUGCACUUUUUCAAUUAUUUUUAUUCCACUUUGGAUAAGAAUGUAAGUGUGUUUUGUGUACCUAAAUUGUUUUCCAAAAACUUUGAAUCUUUCACAUCUGAACAUGAGUCUUCUCUGCCAAAGCAGCUAAAAAGAUCAGAUUUUUCUGAAGAUGGACUGGAGGCUUCACAGGAGGCGAUGGACGUUGACAGGGCAGGUUGUGUGUCUACUCCUGUGUGCGUGCGCACUGGACCGGGUUUUGGCGCAGAUUCGCUAUUCAGUUCCCGAGGAGUUGGAGCACGGGGCUUUCGUUGGAAAUAUCGCAGAGGACUUGGGCUUGGACGUGGCCAAAUUGUCCUCACGGAGAUUCCGGAUUGUAUCCGGGGCUAGAAAACAAUAUUUAGAAGUGAAUUUGGAGAACGGAAUUCUGUUUGUGAACGAGAAGAUCGACCGCGAGGAGCUGUGUGAACAAAGUCCCGUUUGUUUCUUACACUUGCAGGUGGUCAUCGAGAACCCUUUGGAACUGUAUCGGGUAGAAGUGGAGAUCUUGGACGUGAAUGAUAACGCUCCCAGUUUCCCGUGGAGCGAGUUUAAUCUGGAGAUCACAGAGUCUGCUGCGCCGGGCUCCCGGUUCCCACUGGAGAGCGCGCAGGACCUGGAUGUGGGCUCGAACUCUCUCCGCUCGUACUUGCUGAGCGCCAAUCAACAUUUUGUGCUAGACAUUCAGACGCGUAACGACGGCAGCAAGUUUGCAGAACUCGUUCUGCAGUCGCCGUUGGACCGAGAGCAGCAGAAGACACAUGAGAUGGUGCUCACGGCCGUGGACGGUGGUUCCCCGUUGCGCUCGGGCACGGCACAGAUCACGGUAACUGUGCUGGACGCGAAUGACAACGUGCCGGUGUUCGACCGCUCCGUAUACCGGGUCAGCUUGGUGGAGAACGCGCCUAGAGGCACGCUCGUGCUCAAACUGAACGCCACGGACCUGGAUGAAGGCGCAAACGGCGAGAUCACCUAUUCGUUCAGCGGGCACGCACCUCUGAAGGUGCGCGAGCUGUUCAGCGUGGAUUCUCACACGGGUGAGAUCCGGGUGAAGGGAAUCGUGGACUACGAGAGGGCCAGCGUGUACGAGCUCUACGUGCAGGCGAAAGACAAGGGUCCCUCAGCCGUGGCCGUGCAUUGCAAAGUGCUGGUCGAUAUUCUGGACGUGAACGACAACGCGCCCGAGGUCAUAUUAACCUCUGUGUCAACACCUGUUCAGGAGGACGCGCCUCCGGGAACGGUGAUAGCUGUGAUCAGUGUAAUGGACCGCGACUCCGGAGAGAAUGGAGCUGUGGAUUGCCAGAUCCCCGGAAAUGUGCCGUUCCAGCUGCAUUCCUCUUUUAAAAACUAUUACACACUCGUGACCAGCGAGUUUCUCGACAGAGAGUCUGUCUCGGAGUACAACAUCACCCUCACGGCGCGAGAUCUGGGCUCGCCUCCCCUGUCCACCAAGAAGACGAUUCUGGUUCAAGUGUCUGACAUUAACGACAACCCGCCGCGCUUCAUUCAGCCCUCGUACACUGUAUAUGUGACUGAGAAUAACGCCCCGGGCGCUUCCAUUUGCUCGGUGACCGCAUUCGAUCCGGACUCUAAUCAGAACGCGUAUUUGUCCUACUCCAUCCUUGACGGUCAGAUCCAGGGCAUGCCGGUGUCCACUUAUGUCUCCAUCAAUUCUGAUAACGGAAACACCUACGCACUGCGCUCUUUCGAUUACGAGCAGCUCCGGAACUUUCAGAUUCGCGUCCAGGCGCAGGACGCCGGUUUCCCUCCGCUCAGCAGCAACGUGACCGUCAACGUGUUCAUUUUGGAUCAGAAUGACAACGCGCCUGUCAUCCUGUCCCCGCUGCCCAGAAACGGCUCUGUUGCUACUGAAAUGGUGCCCAGGUCGGUGGACGCUGGGUACCUUGUGGCUAAAAUCACAGCGCUCGACGCGGACGCGGGGCAAAACUCUCGCCUGUCAUAUCAGAUGCUGCAAGCGACGGAUCCCGGGCUGUUCAGCGUGGCUCUAUACACCGGAGAGAUCAGGACGAUCCGUCGCUUUGUAGACAAAGAUGCCAUCAGGCAAAGACUCGUCAUACUUGUCAAGGACAACGGGCAGCCGCCGCUCUCGGCCACCGUGUCCAUCAUUCUGUCGGUGGUGGACUCUAUGCCGGAGUCGCUGUCCGACUUCGGUGACCUCUCGCUCAGCCCCCAGCCCCCGUCUAACCUCGCGCUCUAUUUAAUCGUGUCACUGAGCACCGUCUCGCUCAUCUUCCUCGUGGCCAUCAUCGUCCUGGCGGCCGUGAAGUGCUACAAAGACCGCGACUCCCUCGGCGGUUACGCGCUCUCCUCGCUCGGUGCCGCUUGCUGCAGCUUUGAAACGGAGCCGCCCGCCGAGGUGUUCAAAAAGUCUAAUCUCAACCUGCAGAUCUCCACCGGCGCCAAAGUGCCCACGAACUGCGUGGAGGUAAACAGCAAUCCUGGAAAUCUCUCUCAAGCUUACUGCUACAAAGUGUGUUUGACGCCCGAAUCUGCAAAGAGCGACUUUAUGUUUCUCAAGCCUUGCAGUCCCGGCACACCGAGAAAUAACGCAGCGAGAGGAGCGGAUAACCUGGCGCUGAGCUCACAGAGCCGCUGCUCUUCCGUGAACAACGGAGCGACUACACCGAACGAGUUGAAACAAGCAAACACUGACUGGGCCCUCACCAAAAAUCAAACUUCCUCUCUGAAAAGUUGCAACUCUAUAAACAUGGAUGGCACUCUGAUGCGUAAAGCCAUGCAGGCCGAACCAGAGAAUUAUGUGGGUCAAAUGGCUGCCGGACAGUACUGGACCUGGGGAACCCGCUCGAGAGAGUACCGGAUGCAUUCUCCAGCCGGUAGUGUUUCUCAGAGGGCCUGGACUCCUCACUACACGCCCCAACACAACCCCACCCACCACCUGCAGCAGCAGCAGCCCACAGCACAGGUCCACUCACACCCCCCGCCGGACUACCAGCACAACGUCUACAUCCCCGGCACACCGUCCGGCUUCUGCACCCUGCGGCCCAGCUACCGCAGUGAGCUCGAUGUCCACAACUCAUUCUCCACCUUCGGCAAGAAGCGUAGGUUCAUCUCUCCUAGCAGCUACGACCCGCAUGACGACACGGGGGCAGAGGUCAUCAACAAUGACUUAUAUAAUGAAUGAAAUAAGACAAAAGGACCUAUGUUGUGAUGAUGAACAAAAAGAGUGACUUAUUACCAAAGCAUAGCACUCAUUAUGUAGUCUCAGCCUCAGAUGGCCCGUCAUAGUCCAUUCAUUGACCAUCUGAUGCAUAUUGCACAUACAAUGCAACUGCAAAACUGGAUUUGCCAUAUUUUGCCUGGAUCGUGGCUUCAAAUCUUUGAAAGUUAUUCAGGAGCAGAACUGUUUUCUCUCGGUGAACUUGUUUAGCAGGACAGAAAUUCUUAUCACAAAGUCUGAAAAUGCCUCACCUUUUUAUUUUUUAUUUUUUUUCUGAUUUAACAGUUUUGCAGAGAUUAUAGAGUGUAACAGUGCUUGACCACUUCCUCAGUGGAUUUGGUUCCAGAAGUAUUUUUCCCAUUAGGAUAAAAAAGAAAAGAAAAAGAAAAAGAGUCUUCAUUAAAAAGUUUUAAGCCAUAAACUAACCAACCAGUUAUGAAUUUAAUCACAACAUUACAAACUUAGAUUAGGAGCCAAAAACUAUUUAAAGAUUGAAAAAAGAAAUAAUAAUAAUGUACUUUAUGAACUUUAAUGAAGGUAUAUGAACAAAAAAAAAAAUCAAUAAAGUGUUUGGAAUUACAUAAUAAAAAUAAAAUUGACAGAAAAUCAUAAAACUAUUAAUCUAAUGUUAAAUUACAUUUAAUUAAAUUUAAAGAUUUCUCUGCAUAAUCAUGGGUUUUUCACGUGGAAUUAUGAUGUUAAACACAAAUACUUGAAAAAAUGCAAACUAAUAGCUUCAACAAAACCAUUUAACAUCAAUUAACAAGCCUGUCAUUCACAAUAGGUCUGUCUUUGAAGAUUUAUCAGUGAUUGUUAUUUUCCCCUGGGGAGAUAAUGAAUGGAGCUUUUACUUCUGGAACCAACUGUUGCACUCUAUUUUUAAUAUAAAACCAUGACUAAAUGGCAUGUAAAAAAAAGCAACAACAACAACAACAAAAAAAGAACAAGUGUUUAUUUGCUUUAAAUGUGAAUCAGGCAGAAUGAGCAGCAAACCUACUUUAUGCUGCAAGUCUGAGACUACUUGACACGUGACAGGCCUUGAUGACCUUUAUGAUGUCACAGUGCCGCUAUGCUGUGAUGGGUCUGUCUGUCACCUCUCACACUCACUCAAACAUGCACUUUCACUCAUAUACAGUAGUGUGUGUUUGUGGUACAUCAUUGUGGCCUGCUCAUAGGACAUACUGUCUGUCCUGUCAUUGGAGCCUAUUGUACUUAACUACUGAGGUUCUGUUCCUUUGGAUAGGAGUGAGGCAAGUUUUUUAUGAUCCCAGUGAAGCUGAGAAAAUCGCUGGUCCUGUUAUAUCAUAUCUAUUAUAUCACCAUAAUCUGUACUAUUAUUAUUUGUAACUGCAUCUGCUUGGUUAGUUUGGCCACACUGGGCCUAAAGGUCAAAGGUCAUUAACACUAGAGAAGCAGUGCGAGGCCAGGCCUGAGAUUUAAUACAGUCCUGAAUAUCAUUAUUAUUUUUAUAUUUUACUACUGUUCUUACUUUGACAAUCAUUUCAGCCAAAAUGUGAUUAUUACCCGUCUUUUGCACACCAUGUGAGCAUAUAAAUCAAUACAGUGGUCAUGAUGAGACUGAAUUAUGGGCUAGGAGAAGGUGGAUGCUCAUCGAUUCAAUAUGAUUACUCAUGUAGGAAUGACUGGAUCCGCACUUAAGAGACACAUUACUGCCUCAUACAAGAGAACAGGAUGUGAGUCCAUUCAUUCCAAAUAUGUACAUACAAAUAUGAAAAUUAAAUAUUUUUUUUUCUGAAAUAAAA